UCCCGCGGCGUGUCCCUCUGCGCUCCGCUCGCCGUCGUCUGUCCUCCUCAGGGUGGAGCCCGGGCGUCCCGCGCGCGCGCGCGCGUGUGUGUGUGUGUGUGUGUGAGCAGCGCACAGAGCUUACGGCCAUGAAGCCAGCGAGAGCUAAGACACCCAGGAAACCUAUAAUAAAAAAAGGAUCCCAGACGAAUCUUAAAGACCCAGUUGGGGUGUACUGUAGGGUGCGCCCCCUGGGCCUCCCUGACCAGGAGUCCUGCAUAGAAGUGAUCAACAGCACCACAGUGCAGCUUCACACUCCCGAGGGCUUUCGAUUCAACAGAAAUGGAGACUAUAAGGAGACUCAGUAUUCAUUUAAGCAAGUCUUUGGCACUCACACCACCCAAAAAGAGCUGUUUGAUGUUGUGGCUCAUCCCUUGGUAGAUGACCUGGUUCAUGGCAAAAACGGUCUCCUUUUUACAUACGGCGUGACCGGAAGUGGCAAGACGCACACCAUGACAGGCUCGCCAGGGGAUGGAGGACUGCUCCCUCGUUGUUUGAACAUGAUCUUUAAUAGCAUAGGCUCAUUUCAAGCUAAACGAUAUGUUUUUAAAUCUAAUGAUAGGAAUAGUAUGGACAUACAGUGUGAAGUUGAUGCCUUAUUAGAGCGUCAGAAAAGAGAAGCUAUGCCCAUCCCCAAAACUCCCUCUAGCAAACGCCAAGUAGAUCCAGAGUUUGCAGAUAUGAUAAAUGUGCAAGAAUUCUGCAAAGCAGAAGAAGUUGAUGAAGAUAGCGUCUAUGGCGUGUUUGUCUCUUACAUUGAAAUAUAUAAUAAUUACAUAUAUGAUCUAUUGGAAGAGGCACAGUUUGAUCCCAUAAAGCCCAAGUGGAACGGUUGCAGUACACCUAUGAGGAACGCAGAUUCUGUACUUCCACAAUCUAAAAUGCUUCGAGAAGAUAAGAACCACAAUAUGUAUGUUGCAGGAUGUACAGAAGUAGAAGUGAAAUCUACAGAGGAGGCUUUUGAAGUUUUUUGGAGAGGUCAGAAAAAGAGACGUAUUGCUAACACCCAUUUGAAUAGAGAGUCUAGCCGCUCCCACAGUGUGUUCAACAUUAAAUUAGUUCAGGCUCCCCUGGAUGCAGAUGGAGACAGUGUCUUACAGGAAAAAGAACAGAUUACUAUAAGCCAGCUGUCUUUGGUUGAUCUUGCUGGAAGUGAGAGAACUAACCGGACAAAAGCAGAAGGGAGCAGGCUACGGGAGGCCGGUAACAUUAAUCAGUCACUGAUGACACUAAGAACAUGUAUAGAAGUCCUGAGAGAGAACCAAUUGUAUGGGACUAAUAAGAUGGUUCCAUAUCGAGAUUCAAAGUUAACCCAUCUGUUCAAGAACUAUUUUGAUGGGGAAGGAAAAGUUCGUAUGAUCGUGUGUGUAAACCCAAAGGCUGAAGACUAUGAAGAAAGCUUGCAAGUCCUGAGGUUUGCUGAAGUCACCCAAGAAGUUGAAGUAGCAAGACCAGUAGACAGGGUGAUGUGUGGCUUAACUCCAGGGAGGCGAUACAGAAACCUGGUUCGAGGAGGCCCAGUUGGAGAUGAACCAUUGGUUGCUGAAGUGAUUUUACAGAGUUUUCCACCUUUGCCCUCAUGUGAAAUCUUGGAUUUCAAUGACGAACAGACCCUCCCACGGCUGAUUGAUGCUUUGGAAAAACAUCACCACCUACGACAAGCGAUGGUUGAGGAGCUUAACAAACAAUGUAACACUUUUAAAGCUAUGUUAAAAGAAUUUGACAGUAAUAUUUCAAACAAAGAAAACUACAUUCAAGGAAAACUAAAUGAAAAGGAAAAGCUGAUCUCAGGACAGAAACUGGAAAUAGAAAGACUGGAGAAGAAGAACAAAACUCUGGAAUAUAAGAUUGAGAUUUUAGAGAAGACCACGACCAUUUAUGAAGAAGACAAGCGUAACCUUCAGCAGGAGCUUGAAGCCCAGAAUGAGAAGCUUCAGCGGCAGUGCUCUGAUAAGCGCAGAUUAGAAGCCAGGAUGCAAGGCAUGGUGACAGAAACGACAAUGAAGUGGCAAAAAGAAUGUGAGCGUCGGGUGGCAGCCACUCAGCUGGAGAUGCAGAAUAAACUGUGGGUAAAAGAUGAAAAGCUGAAACAGCUGAAGGCUAUUGUUACUGAGCCCAAGCCCGAGAAGCCAGAGAGACCCUCCCGGGAGCGGGACAGAGGGAAAGUCACUCCAAGAUCCGUUUCUCCAUCACCUGUCCCUCUUUCUAGUAACAAUAUUGCUCAGAUUUCCACCGACCAGCAACUCAUGAGCCAGCCACAGCUUCAUAGGCGCUCUAACUCUUGCAGCAGCAUUUCUGUAGCUUCCUGUGUUUCGGAAUGGGAGCAGAAAAUGUCUCCGUACAACACACCUGUCAAUGUCACAUCCAUUGCAAGGCGUAGGCAACAGGAGCCAGGACAAAGCAAAGCUUGUAUCGUGUCAGACAGAAGGCGAGGGAUGUACUGGACUGAAGGCAGGGAGGUGGUUCCCACAUUCAGGAAUGAGAUAGAACUAGAAGAGGACCAUUGCUGCAGGAACACACCAAUUCCUGUCCGACACAGACGAUCACGUUCUGCAGGGAGCAGAUGGGUAGAUCAUAAGCCCGCCUCUAACGUGCAAACUGAAACAGUCAUGCAACCACAUGUCCCUCAUGCCAUCACAGUGUCUGUUGCAAAUGAGAAGGCACUAGCUAAGUGUGAGAAGUACAUGCUGACCCACCAGGAACUAGCCUCCGAUGGGGAGAUCCAAACUAAACUCAUUAAGGGUGAUGUUUUCAAAACAAGGGGUGGUGGACAGUCUGUUCAGUUUACAGAUAUUGAGACUUUGAAGCAAUCACCAACUGGUAGUCGAAAACGAAGAUCGCCCACAGUAGCGCCUGCCCAGCCAGACGGCACAGAGUCUGAAUGGACCGAUGUAGAAACAAGGUGUUCCAUGGCUUUGGAGAUGAGAGCAGGGUCGCAGCUGGGACCUGGAUAUCAGCACCAUGCACAACCCAAGCGCAAGAAGCCAUGAGCACAGGAACACUCACCUCAUUCCAGUGUCUUCAGACCUGCACAGGUCAUCUUCUGCACCAUCUUUAAGAAGCCCAGCUCUGCAGACAGCGCAGACCUCAGCUACGUCAUACACUGGCCUAGAACAGAGCUUCCCCUAGGGCUCCAAAGAUACCUAGGAGUCAGUGUACAUUGUGUAUUAUACAGAUGUGCCUUGCAAUAUUUAAUAUUAAUAAGUGGAGAAAGAUAUGCCCCCUUUCCACACUGCUGUAUGAACUGUUUUUUAUAAUGCUAUGUUUUUGUAUGUUUUUGUACACUUACUAAUUCAUGCAAGCGUUUGUCUUGGGUAAUUAAGGAAGGAUGUAUCUAGAUUGCAUUUUGUAUUGUGACUUUUCCAACUGUUUUGAAUAUUUCUUAAGAUUUUAUAAACAAAUGCUGCUAUUGAUUAGCUGCAAGAAUGCACUUUAGACAUAUUUAACCAUUGAAACUUUGAAAAUAAAGAUAUUGGUGACUGGCCAAUGACAACCA